GUGGUGGUAUGCAGUCCAGUUGUAGCCACGCAGCGUUACAAUGCCGGACACUGACGUUCUGUACGCUGAUGUCAAGUUCAAGAAGACAGGAAGAAAAGUCACUGAUGCUUCUUCACCAUCGCAUGACACCACUUAUUCUCAGGUCAGCAUUGUGAAAACUCAGCCUCCCACAGAACAGUCUGGUUCCCAACAACAACCAAAUGGAAGGUCAAAGGUCACUCCAGAGCGGGUGGCCUUGGUGGUUCUCAGUGUCCUCCUGAUCGCUACCAUCGCCGCUCUCAUUUUCAUCUCUGUAAGACAAAGUUUCAAACCACACUCAAGCGUUAAAAACACAAGAGCUCCAUGCCCAGACAAACCAAGUCCAGUUUGUGAUGAAGCAUGGGAACGUCAUGGGGAGAAGCAGUAUUAUUUCAGUACUUUCAAAUCAUCCUGGAACAUCAGUAGAAGGUUCUGCAAAGAGCUCGGUGCAGACCUGGUGAAGAUCGACAGUGAGGAGGAGCAGCGUUUUCUGUUGAAUAAAGUGAAAGACAUCAUGACUAAGGAUGAGGAUAAAUUCUGGAUCGGACUGACAGACUCAAAGACAGAAGGGACAUGGGUGUGGUUAGACGGCUCACCACUGGAUAAGAGUUUACAGUUUUGGUGGAAUGAUCAUACACCUAAAGAGCCGGACAACUGGCCAGGCGAAGAUCCAGAUGGAGAAGACUGUGUGAGGAUGGGGGAGAAAGGAUCGAAGGAAGUCACUAAUUUAAAUCGUUGGCUUGAUAAAUCCUGCAAAGUGGCUCAGAGAAGCAUCUGUGAAAAACCAGUAAAAAGACAUCAGCAAAUUAAAGCAGGCGUCAGUCCUGCAGCGUGGACACAGAACACAGUGAAGUCAUUAUAGACAAAAAUAAUGUACAGAUUAAGAAGCUGUUUAGCAGAAGUGACCACAUUCAUUAUGUCUUCAUAAAACAUUAGUCUGUAACAUCAGUCACUUUAGGUCAUUUUACAACACAUGAAGUAAUUCUAACUUCAUAUCCUCAAUUCUGAGAUAUAAAUUCAAUAUUUGAUCAUAAUAAGCCCAUUUUUUUCACUUUGUGCUCCAACAUAAUCUGUUAUAAACCAUCUGUCUAUAAUUCCAAAUACUAACUUCAGGUAUCCUGUUCUUAUGCUCAAUGGAAACUGUAUUUUAACUAAAUGGAUGAAAUAAUCUGGAUUAAACUAAAUCGAUGUCAUGUUGUUGAGCAGCAUCACAAUAUAUUUUACUCAUCUCAAGCAAUAGAUUUAUCAUUUUUACUUUUAGAUAUUUCAGUUGAGCAUAUACCUGUAUUUUUUAUAUAUAAGAUUUAAUUUUUUUUUUUUUUAAUCUAAAAAAUACAUAUAUAAAACUGUACUAUCGUUGUCUUUUUUAUGUCUCAAUUUCUGUUUUUCCAUUUGUUUGAUUUGGUGUUUAUGUUAUUUAAUUAAAAAAAAAAAAAAAAAAAAAGAAUAAGGUAUUGUGAAUGAAAUCUAAAAUGUAAAAAGUAUACAGUCGCUGCAUGUUUAACCAUAUUUUUAGCCAUAUUUGAGCUUGAGUUUCAUCAUCUGUUGAGGAUAUGCAGGACUUUUUCUAAAAAUAACAUAAUAAUAAUAAUAAUCAUCAUCAUCAUCGUCAUCAUCGUCAUCAUCAUUAUAGAAUGACACCACAAUGGAUGGACAAAUAACAACAAAUGUGCUUUAAGAGAAACAAACAGAGUUCGUACUUUCCUUUUGGAUAUGUGCAGUAUAUAUUUAGUGUACAUAUGUUUGUAUUUGUAUAUAGAGGAAUAGAACUUGAUAUAAAACCACCAUGGAAAUAGAACAAAUGAACCUGAUGAAUUUAUGUUUUUU